AUGGCAAAGAACUCUAUCAAAUUAAUUGCAAAUGAUGUUCAUAGAGGAUUAGCUGAACUCGUUUCAAAGAGAUUAGGAAUCAAGCUUACAGACGUGACUUUGAAAAGAGACUCUUGUGGUGAAGUUUCGUUCUCUAUAAAUGAAUCUGUUCGUGAUGAAGAUAUCUAUAUCAUCAUGCAAAUUGGAUCUGGUAUUGUUAAUGAUAGAGUUUUGGAACUAUUGAUUAUGAUUAAUGCUUGUAAAACAGCAUCUGCCCGUCGUAUCACUGCUAUUAUUCCAAACUUCCCAUAUGCUAGACAAGAUCGUAAAGACAAGUCUAGAGCUCCAAUCACCGCUAAGCUCAUGGCAGAUAUGUUGACCACUGCUGGUUGUGACCAUGUUAUAACUAUGGAUUUACAUGCUUCCCAGAUCCAAGGGUUCUUUGAUGUUCCUGUGGAUAAUUUGUAUGCUGAACCAAGUGUUGUUAGAUAUAUCAGAGAACAAAUACCUUAUGAAGAAGCAAUUAUUGUUUCCCCAGACGCUGGUGGUGCUAAAAGAGCUGCUGGUUUGGCUGAUCGUUUGGAUUUGAACUUUGCAUUGAUUCAUAAAGAAAGAGCUAAAGCUAAUGAAGUUUCAAGAAUGGUGUUGGUUGGUGAUGUUACUGAUAAAAUUUGUUUGAUUGUUGAUGAUAUGGCUGACACAUGUGGUACUUUAGCUAAAGCUGCUGAAGUGCUGUUGGAAAAUAGAGCAAAAUCAGUUAUUGCUAUUGUUACUCAUGGUAUAUUAUCAGGUAAUGCUAUAAAGAACAUCAACAACAGUAAAUUGGAUAGAGUUGUUUGCACAAAUACUGUUCCAUUUGAAGAAAAAUUGAAAUUGUGCCCAAAAUUAGAUACCAUUGACAUAAGUAGUGUCUUGGCUGAAGGUAUUCGCCGUUUGCAUAAUGGUGAAAGUGUCUCAUACUUAUUCCGUAAUGCUCCACUGUGA